GCAUAUGCCAUUGGUGCCCGCAAUCUUGUAUCGAGAGGGGUUCGCAGAGUUGAUGAUACUGCAUCCAGCAUUCGAUGGACAUGCUACCAACCUUCGGGGAUCAUUCGGCAUCUGAUACACAGUAAAGAUCGAUAUACAGACUCUGUGCAUGUUAUAAAUAAGCUGUAGAGCUCUCCCUGUUAUCAGAAAAUCAAGCAGCUUCAAAAGUUGCAGCUUCUUCAUCAUGGCGACUCCCAACUCGUAUGCGAACAGCCUCGGCGUCCUGCCAGAGGAGUUCGACAUCAUUGUGUGCGGUGGAGGAAGCUGCGGUUGUGUCGUUGCUGGACGAUUGGCGAAUCUUGACCAUAACCUCAAGGUCCUGCUUAUCGAGGCUGGCGAGAGCAACCUCAACAACCCUUGGGUGUUUAGGCCUGGCAUCUAUCCCCGUAACAUGAAGCUGGACUCCAAGACGGCUUCGUUUUACAAGUCUCGUCCUAGCAAGUGGCUUGCUGGACGUGCUGCUACUGUGCCAUGUGCUCAUAUCCUUGGCGGUGGUUCUUCCAUCAACUUCAUGAUGUACACUCGAGCUAGUGCCUCAGACUACGACGACUUCCAAGCCAAGGGCUGGACAACUGAGGAACUCCUCCCUCUUAUGAGAAAGCACGAGACCUACCAGCGCCACUCUGUCAACCCAGACAUCCACGGCUUCGAGGGCCCCAUCAAGGUCUCCUUCGGCAACUACACCUACCCCGUAAAGGACGACUUCCUCCGCGCCGCUGAGUCCCAAGGCAUCCCCUUCGUCGACGAUCUCCAGGAUCUCUCCACCGGCCACGGCGCAGAGCACUGGCUCAAAUGGAUCAACCGCGACACGGGCCGUCGCAGCGACUCAGCGCACGCCUAUGUCCACGCCACACGCGCCAAGCACAGUAACUUGUACUUGGCCUGCAACACAAAGGUCGACAAGAUCAUCAUGGAGAAUGGUCGUGCCGUCGGUGUUCAGACUGUUCCUACCAAGCCGCUGCACCCGAACCAGCUGCAGACGCGAAUCUUCCGUGCUAGAAAGCAGAUUGUCGUUAGUGGCGGUACGCUUUCUUCGCCUUUGAUUCUUCAGCGCUCUGGUAUCGGUGACCCCCAGAAGCUUCGCGCUGCUGGCGUCGAGCCCAAGGUUGAUCUUCCUGGAGUUGGACUCAAUUUCCAAGAUCAUUAUCUUACAUUUUCGGUUUAUCGGGCUAAGCCUGAGACUGAGAGUUUCGAUGACUUUGUUCGUGGAGACCCUGAGGUUCAAAAGCGCGUCUUUGAUGAGUGGCACCAGAAGGGCACUGGACCUCUUGCCACCAACGGCAUUGAGGCUGGUGUCAAGAUCCGACCUACUGAGCAAGAGCUCAAGGACUUCGAGAGGUGGCCUACGCCUCAUUUCACUGAGGGCUGGAAGUCUUACUUCAAGAACAAGCCUGACAAGCCUGUUAUGCAUUACUCUGUGAUUGCCGGUUUCUUCGGUGAUCACAUGCUCAUGCCCCCUGGAAAGUUCUUCUCCAUGUUCCACUUCCUCGAGUAUCCUUUCUCUCGUGGCUUUACUCACAUAAAGAGUGCUGAUCCAUACGAUACUCCCGACUUUGAUGCUGGAUUCAUGAACGACGAGCGUGAUAUGGUCCCCAUGGUCUGGGGAUACAUCAAGUCUCGUGAGACUGCCCGCCGCAUGGACGCCUACGCCGGUGAAGUCGAGAACAUGCACCCCUUCUUCGACUACGACAGCCCUGCUCGUGCUCAUGAUCUUGACCUGGAUACCACCAAGCAAUACGCUCUCCCUGGUAACCUCACUGCUGGUAUUGGCCACGGAAGUUGGUCUUCUCCUCUCCCCGAGGCAGACCGCAAGCCCGGUGCCAACAUCCUCAACUCCAACAAGGCUCACAUCCGCGAGGAGCUCAAGUACAGUGAUGCCGACAUCAAGGCCGUCGAAGAAUGGGUUAAGCGCCACACCGAAUCAACCUGGCACUGCCUCGGCACAUGCUCCAUGGCUCCCAAGGAGGGUAACAGCAUCGUCAAGCACGGUGUUCUCGACGAGAGACUCAACGUCCACGGCGUCAAGGGUCUCAAGGUCGCUGAUCUGUCCAUCUGCCCUGACAACGUCGGCUGCAACACGUACUCUACUGCUCUGCUCAUUGGUGAGAAGGCUGCUAUGCUUGUUGCGGAGGAUCUUGGAUAUUCUGGCGAGGCUUUGGAGAUGAAGGUUCCCACUUACCAGGCACCUGGUGAGCUUGAGGUUCGAUAUCGUCUGUAAGAAUGAGAUGACACGAGGAGAAGGAGACAUGAAACUGUUGAGUUUUGGGAUGAGGCCAGAUUGAGUAGCCGAUCUAAAUUGAUUUAGCGAAUGAAUUGAUGAAUAUGUUUCAUUUUAUGGUAUAUCCUGUUGUGGCGCAUUGGAAUCAGGCUUGGCAUACGAAGGAGUCAUGCUGAUAUUUGCAACGAGUCUGUU